AUGCAAUUAAACGAAUUAGUUAUUGAAGGGUGUAGUUUUUCAAUUAGACAACUUAUUAAUUUAUUAUAUUUUACACCUAAUCUACAUACAAAUAAUAAAAUAAAAAAAUUAAUUCUUUAUUGGAAAUGUUCAUUAAGUUAUAUACGAUUAACUAUUGAUUUAUUUCCAAGAUUAAAAUAUUUAAAAAUUGAAAUGAAUAGAGAAGAUAUUGAACAAAUAAUUCGAUUCUUAUUAUCAAAAAAUCAUAAAAAAAUACGAAGUUUAUGUUAUUUAUGUGUUUCGAACGUAUCAAAAUUAUGUUUAAAACAAACAAAACUUUUAAUUAAAUCAGAAAAAUUACUCAAAAAUUAUUCUAUUAAAUAUAUCAAUUAUGAUUUAUGGUUUUGGUGA